AUGUACAGCUACCGAGAGCGUGAGCGCUACGACGACGACCGUCCCGUUACAAUCAAGCGUUACGUCAUCGGCUCCGACGAGCGAGAAGAACGAAAGGACUUCAUGAGUCGCGACGACUCCUUCGGGGACCGCGAGCUGGUCAUCCGCCGCAAGACUGACCGAGAAGAACCCUUGUCCAUCUCGCGAUAUGAGCGCGAGGUUGACUACGACCCGCCUGCCCGGCGCUUCGAGCGCGAGUACGAACCCCGAAACGCCUAUAGUAGUCCCCGCGAGUCCGAGUAUGAUGUCGUUCGUCGUUCCGAUGUCGACGAGGACCCUUACUACUAUCACCGCCAUCGCCGGGUCCGCGAGUAUGAAGACCGUCGCUCGCGCCGUGAAUUAAGUCCCGGCGACUCUAUCUCCCAGACCAGCCGUCGCCACAACCGUGAGCGCGACCGUGACGACUACAGCAGCGAUGACAGCAUGGUUUAUGUCCGCAAGGAGACCCGCGACUACGACGGUGAGCACCCUCACCACAAGCGUCACCUUGCUGAAGGUGCUCUGGUGGGUGUGGGUGCUGCCGAGUUAUUCCGCAGCCACAACAAGCGCGAAGGUAAAGAGGUCAGCCAUGGCAUGAGCCACGCCGUCAAGACCGCCGGUGCUGGUGCCCUGGGCGCCGUGGCCGUCAAUGCGGCUGGCCAAGUGCGCGACUACUAUCGCAGCAAGAGCCGCAGCCGCCAUCGCUCGCACUCUUUUGAUGACGAUCGUUCCUACCGCCACAGCAAUCGCGGUCGUCAUAGCCGCAGCCGCAGCCGUUCUCACUCGCAUUCGCGUGCCAAGACUCUUAUGGAGCUGGGCCUGGGUGCCGCCGCGGUGGCCGCCGGUGUGGCAGCUUUACGAAACAAGUCAAGCAACAAUCAGCGCCGCAGCCGCUCUCGUACUCGCUCCCGCUCCCGCGCUCGUGCACUGAGCAGCACUCGCUCGGAUAAGAGCAAGGACGGGGCGAGCGACGAGUCCAAGCGCCGGCAGCACAUGGCUGGUGCCGGUCUGGCCGGUGCAGCCGUUGCAGGUCUGGUUGAACACGCCCGCAGCCGUUCGCGCAGCCGCAAAGGAGAGCGCUCCCAUAGCCGCUUGAGAAAGGCCCUUCCCGUCGUUGGCGCCGGCCUGGCUACUGCCGCUGCGACUGGGUUCUACGAGAAGAAGAAGGCCGAGAAAGAAGGAGCGCUUGUCCCCCAUGAGGCGCGCCGCUCACGAUCUCGCAGCCGCAGCCAUGCCCCGUCGGAUGCCUACCCCGAUCCAACCCGCAACUCGGCUGGCCUUAUCGAGUAUGGCGCAGACCCCGUUACUGGGAGCAUCCCGGCAGAGCACUAUUACGGUCAGCCGGCUAGCCCAGGCGGUGCAUACUACUCUGAUGGUGCCCGUCGCCACCGUUCUCGCAGCCGUAGCCGUGGCGGUCGAUACAGCGGCAGCUCCGAUUCAGACCGCGGUGGCCGACGGAAGAGCAAGCACCGCAGCCGCUCUCGCGAAGUAGUCUCAGCAGCUCUUGGCGCCACGGGCCUGGGCUAUGCUGCGCACAAGUACUCGCAGCACCGGGAUCGUAAGAACGCCGAGCGGUCGCACUCGAGGACUCGUGAGUCCGUCAUGGACCCUCCCAUUUCACCCAGUCACCAUCAUGCUAAUCUGGCGGAUACAGGAUAUGAGGAUGACGCACACCGCGACCCCUACGAAGAGUCCUAUGACCCGGAACCCUACCCGAUGCAUCCCCAGACCGCUCAUCAGCAACCCGGAGAGACCUACUACCCGAACAGCAACUACUUUCCCCCACCCCCGGGCUCAACCCCCAAUCUGAACGCCACCCCGCAGCCCUACAACCCGGCGGAUUACCCUCCUCCCCCAGGCGCCGCACCCCCGCCACAGGCCUAUGGUUACGGGGACGUCAACUCGGGCCAAGAGCCCUACGCUCCGAGGCCGCGGAGGGCUGAUGAGAAUGUGAGUGCUCCACCGAGCUCCACCACCCUACCCACUGAUCAGAACCACACCGUCGAUGGUGCGUUCACUGCAUCGCCGCCCAGUGCCGUCCCUCAAGCACCGCAGCUAACAAUCUGCUUCACAGGUCUAAACGAUAUCCCGCCAAGCCCACCCAUCUCGCCCAUACUCCGUUCCGGCAGCCAGCCAAACUUGUCUAAAUCCGUGGCCUUCGAUCUCAGCCCGGAAUCCUCGCACCGCUGGGACCCGGGGUAUGAUAGUGACGACAGCGACUCAACAAUCAAUUCACACCCUUCCCGUCACCGUCCUCAACCCCGACGCCGCCCCUCUUCCGUACCAUCAUCGUCCUCCCGUGAUCAUCGUUCUGGUUCUUCUGCCGCGUCUCGCCACCAGCAUCCAUCAUAUCGCCAUCCCCAUGAUUCGUCUAGAGCUUCCCCUCCACACUCGCCCUUGGACUCAGACUCAACCAUUGAUCUUCCAGAACGCUUUGACUCAAACGGCCGUUUACUCACUCAUAGAGGCGAGAACCCGCCUGUCGAGAAGAUCGAGGAAUUGAUCAAGAAAUUCACCCAAGUUCUGUUCUAG